GGGGGACCGGGAAGAGGCGAACAGUCUGGCCAAGUCACGCUAGGAAGUCAGGAGAGACCCCAAGGCCCAAGAGAGGAGGACCAGGGUGACUGAGGCGAACCCAUGUGGCGGCUGCUGAGCCUGCUGGCCCUAUGGCUGGGCACGGUGGCCUUGAGCAGGGCUGAGCUCACCACAGCCCAGCGCCAGGGCCUGCAGGUGGCCCUGGAGGAAUUCCACAAGCACCCGCGUGUGCAGUGGGCCUUCCAGAAGACCAGUGUGGACAGUGCCAUGGACAUGCCCUUCCCGGCGGGGACAUUUGUGAGGCUGGAGUUCAGGCUGCAGCAGACGAGCUGCUGGAAGAGAGACUGGAAGAAAGCAGAGUGCAAAGUCAAGCCCAACGGGAGGAAGCGGAAAUGCCUGGCCUGCGUCAAGCUGGACCCUGAGUCGAAAGUCCUGGGCCGGGUUGUCCACUGCCCCGUAGAGGCGCAGGCCCAACGGGAGCUCACGGAGCACCAGCAGGCACAGUGCAACAGGGUGCAGCAGGCUGGCGAGGACCCCCAGAGCUACUACUUCCCUGGACAAUUUGCCUUCUUCAAGGCCCCGCCCCCCAGCUGAGGCCUGACCAGAAUUUCCUCAGGCUUUCCGGACAGCUGUGGGAAGGAACCAGUGAGAAACAGCCGCCCCUUCCCUGCACCCCGCAUCCCCAUCACCCCUGAACUAAUAAAACUGCUCCCCA